AUGACGUCGAUAAAAGAUGGCAUAUGUAGUGCAGUGUCGAUACAAGUCCAGUGUAUGUUUCUACUUCUGCUGCCGAUGUACUGCGGCAAGCCCGGCCGGGGAGUUCUGAAGGCCGUCGUUCUCACUUACGUAGUUGCGGGUCCAAUAACAAACUUAGGAUUGAACGCAAAAGAAGUGGUUCGAGUAUUUGCGUGCAGCACUCAACUGUCUCACAACCUCAGCAAAGUGAAAUAUUCCAGAAUGUAUAAACCAUUGAACAAGGCCCUGCUCAGUUUACAGAAUGAAGUUGAAGGCAUUACAGAAGCUAUCAGAUCCAUCCGUGACAUAGUAUCUCCAAUCGAGGGUGAGAUUGAAGGUACGGUGCAUUUAGAACUGAUGAGGGCUGAAAAUGAUUUGACGUACGCAUUGUUGGACCUAAAACGCCAGUCACGGAAGGGUGUGAAAAGAAAACAGUUCGUACCGCAAUUUGAUGACUUUUGUAGUUCUUGUGAUGAUAUAGGUAAAUACUUGAAUAAAAUAACGGAAGAAAUUCAGAAUUAUCAAAGGAUGUACAUCGAAAAAUUGGAAAUCCGUUGCGAGAACCAAAUAUCCCACUCAGUGACUUUAUGCAUUGCCGCAUUUUCAUCAGCUUACGACGAAUGCAACAACAUCGUCCCGGGAUACGCAGCGAUUAUUUGCUGGUCCUUGAUGUUGCCGAGAAUUUGUAACGUAAAGCAAUUGCUCGGACCUGGAAUAUGCUACAGCGAAAACAAAGAUGUAAAGGAAACAGGAGAUCGCGUUCUACACGCUUUUCACGAAAAGUUCGUCACCAUGGAGUCUGUCAUAACCACUGUUUACCUCUGCUUAGCGUUGCUCUUCCUUCGGAUCGGAUGCUCCGCGCAGAACUACCACGACCUUUACUUGACCAGCAUCGACUUUGACAAUGUUUAUAUCACCGGAUAUUUUAAACGGAUCGAUCGAAAGCGAAGACGGAUGGGCAAAGUUACGCUUUUACCAUUGAAAAAGAUGGAAAGAAACAAAUAUAUUGACGUGGUAUCGGUCUCCUAUGUACUAUCUGAGCGCAGUAAACUGCUGAGUCAGAUUCUCAAAGUGAUGUUGGAAGCUGUGACGGCGACUACCUUCGUGAUGCUGGACAGGUUGUUCUACGAGGCUUUGGAUGUGGUGAGGAAACACGCCAUGGAAGGUAGCACACCUUCGGGAGUACAAGACCUUGACAUUCAGGUAGACAGCAACAGUCUUCUGUCAAAUAUGCUGCGCAGAGUACUCGAAGAGGUGAAUUCCAGCAAGCAGUAUAAAAGGGUUUCCAAUGAGGCUUGUUUGCCGCAGCCCCGGGCGAUGCCCAUUGUGUUUUAUUUUAAAAUUUACGCCGGCUAUGUGUGGAUCCUGCUGCUCUUGUUCAUUAACCCUUACACUUUGAGACUGCGAAGAUUGAUCUGCAGCUAUUUCUACCCCGCACGCGAGAAGCAAAGGAUACUCCAUCUAUACAACGAUAUACUAAAGAAGCGUCUAAGAAUGCAGAAGACACUGCGCAGGAAGGCAGUGCAGUCAGUGCGAGCCCAUUACCUCUCCGGGGAGAACUUGUUGAGCUUGAGGAUGAGAUUCCCUCAGACGCUGGGCUGGCUGGAAGCUUUGCCCGUCGCCAGGAUGAAGUGUUUGAUCUGCGAAGAGACUGCACCGAGGAGUUUUGAUAGGAAUAGAACGAACACAACACAAGGCUGGCACUCGUGCGUCAAGCCGCGAUGUCCGUUCGUGUAUUGCGAGGAGUGCUGGCGCGAGGUGGAGCGCCGCUGCCUCGCCUGCGACCCCGCGCUCGCUCACCUCAGCGACAUAGACUCGCUCAGUGAUGACAACCCACCGAGAUAUUAGUAACUGUACAGC